CACAUGCUUUCAUUCUGUCUGCUUCUUCGCCCAGUCUGUUUCAUCCUAUGGAAAUGAGCACAAAUACAGUCUCAAAGAAACGAAAGGAACCUGGUUCAAGGAAUAACUUCCUCAAAACAAAAGCAGACAUGUGAAAUAUUACAUUUUCUAUUGACCUUUUGCUUUGACAGAAACUUCACAGAUGAAUUUCCAGAUGAAGACAUGCAAGUGUGCAGCAGGCCAUGAAAUGACUUAAUAAAGAUGCCCAGCCAAAAGGAACAGUAAUUUCUCCUGGAUUGGAAUUUAACAGGACAGAGAAUUUGGACAGGAAGCCACAACAUUUAAACCCAUCCAACAAGCAAGAAGAGGACGUUUCUGAACAGAAGAACCAACUGUAAAAGUUUUAGGAUUGUUGAGAAAGAAGAAGGACGGUCAGGCUGAAUGAGCGGGAUCAUGCAGGGCUGUCAGAUGUGGACUGGGUUUGUGCCGGUUCUUCUGAUCAGUUUUUUUCUGCUGUUGGAGUCUGGUUCAGGGAAUUCACGUAUGAUCAGGAAGAGGGGACUCAACCAGAAGGACUAUGAGUACCCGAACCACCCUCAGACCCCUCAGCACCAGAAGAACGACCGCUGUCCUCCGCCACCGCAAAUGCUGCCUGAGCGAGCCUGUGAGGUGCCUGGCUGUCGAUCCGAUUCUGAAUGUGAGAGACACAAACGCUGCUGCUACAACGGCUGCAUCUACGCCUGCCUGGAGUCUGUUCAACCUCCGCCCGUGCUGGACUGGUUGGUGCAACCCAAGCCGCGGUGGUUGGGAGGGAAUGGCUGGCUUUUAGACGGGCCCGAGGAAGUUCUGCAGGCUGAAGCCUGCAGCACCACUGAGGAUGGAGAUGAGCCUUUGCUCUGUCCCACCGGAUACGAGUGCCACAUCAUCAACCCAGGAAACCCCUCCGCUGGCAUCCCAAACCGAGGACAGUGCAUCAAACAGAGGGGAAACUCAGAUGGACGAAGUCUGAGACACAAGUCCUUCAAAGAUUAUAAGGAUUAUACAGGAAGUAACUCAAACAAUGCAGUGAACUAUGAGAAACAUCAACAUAAGCAUUUGGGGUGAGACUGGUGUGGGAUCCAUUAUUGGGGACUGUAGUACCCAGUAAUCGCUGACCCUAAGCUGAACCCCAUUAUCAAAUCCAACACAACUGGACAAGCCUUUCUCUUCAGUCUAAAGCAGAGACUGGAUCAUACAGUAUCUGGUGCUUUUCUUAGGUCCUUAAUGUGGACUGACAGAAAUACAAAGCUAAAUAUUUCCUACCUCUAACAAAAGCCAAAACCAUACAGGAGAAAGUCUUAUAACUGUGGUUUUUAUGCUGCUGAACUCGUUGUUUUGCUUUUUUUCCCCCUCAUUUUUGAUUUAAACAUCAAAAUAAGUGUCUUGUUAAAUAUCUCUCUUCUUCUCAUGGAGGCAACUUUUAUUAGAUCAAAAAUACAAUAUUUAAUAUGUUGAUUUGUUGAUUUGCUGCUCUGUUAUGAUCAUUUAUUAUUGGUGCUUAGUCGUUGAUAAUGGUGCUUAUUUUCUGCUUCAUAUUUUGUGGAAGCUGUGAUACAUUUUCCUCUUCAGGAUUAUUUGAUGAAUAGAAAGUUCAAAAUUAAAAGCAUUUAUCUGGAGGAAAAAAAUGCAGACAUUUCAAAUCAGUUUAAUGUGUGUUUGAUCAAUAAAGUGUUAAUUAACUUUUUGUUGUCUUGUUUUUAAAUGAUGCUUAACACAAAUAUACAUCCACAAAAUAUGAGACAGCAAAACUGUUUUCAACAAUAAUCAUAAUAAAUGUUUCUUGAGCACCAAAUCUGCAAAUAUUAGUAAUUUGUAAAGAAUCAUUUGACACUGAACACUGGAAUAAUGAUGUUAUAAUGAUGAAUCACGCAAUUAAAUUCAUUCAUUCAUUUUCACAGCGGAAUGAACCGCCAACUAUUCUGGCAUAUGUUUUAUGCAGUGGAUGCCCUUCCAGCCGCAACCCAAUACUGGGAAACACCCAUACACUCUUGCACUAACACAUGCACUAUACUGCUAAUUUAGUAUAUUUAAUUGACCCAUCCCGCAUGUCUUUUGGACUGUUGUAAAUUGAAAUAAUAUUUCACUUUAUUUCUUUUUUGUUGUAUUUUUGAUCAACUAAAUUCAGCCUUGGUGAGCAGAAGCAAAAACUUUUCAAAGUAGUUUUCAUAUUAGAAUUGGGUCACCAUAACCAAAUUCAAUUUCAGCUGUGUACUGCAUUACUGCGAAAUAUUUGUUUUUCAUAUGGUGCUCCAAUCAAUAACUGCGGUUGUUGUUGUUGUUGUUGUUUACUCACAAGUGCAGAUGUGUUUUACUCCACGGAUGUCUGAUAAGCUACACAAAUCUGACUUGUGGAAAAAAACACAUUACAGCCUACAAAAUAUUGUACAUUGGUGCUUAUUGACUGCCUUGUACUUUCAAAUAAAACAGUUGACAAAGUA